GUUAGGGCAAGUUGUCAAUGACGUUUGUCAAUCUGCAAAGUUCUUUAAACAAAAAUACAGUAAAACGUUGAAAAUUCCAAAUACUAAUACAUGCAAUGAAAUGUCGUUCCGUGGGAGAGUUUUGGGAUUAGUGGAAGUAGUGCUUAGAGUGCCCCCGCUAUUUGUGAUCGACGAAAUUUUAAAAAUAGGACUCGGCCUUACGGAGCUGUCGGAACAUGAUUUAACAAAUUUUGGCGAAGAGGAGUACGAAAAAAUCGCAUCAGGAUACAAUAAUGUCACUACAGGCACCAUACCGUACGACCCGGUGGUUUAUAGGUUCAUCCUAAUGUCAGUUGUCAGGCUGUUGUUCAGUACUCUAGGUUGUGCAACAGCAAUAUGUCUCUUCGUGUUAAGCACGAAACAUCUGAUGGUGGUCUACAUGUACUUUAUGUCGGUCGGCAUGGUGUUCCUUUCCUACUGGUCCAACGUCAGCACCAUGAAGCUGCUACUAUCCAGCAUGGAGAGCUCCAACGGCACCUUCAACAUUAUCCAUAACAUACUCUCCUUCAACUUGGAACAAAUAGUAGAACACAAGCUGUGCUUUGUGCACAUAGUACAGAACUACGUGUUGCAGUCGCUGUUAUCGCUGAUCUUUGUCAACAUCCAUCUCGGCCCUAGAUAUCCAAUUUUACAGAAACUCCUACCCGCGUCGUUCCUGACAACUUCCGUUUUAUUGCUGAUACCUGUUCCCCAUUAUUUGCUUCAUCACUCGCCGUUAUUCGGAGCGCUGCUACCUUUGGCUUUGGUUAAGUUCGUUUUGUUCUCCUCGUUCUUGCAAAUAGUCCAAUCGGUGUAUUCGGGGUAUAUACAGGCCAAGAAUUUCGUUUCCAAUUUCGGAAUGUCGGCGCUUGUGGAGUCGGAGUGGUUAAGAUUGAACGUUCCCGAAGUCCUACGAACAUUUUGGAUGCUGCGCUUGCUGGAACAUACUGGGAUAUUCUUCUUGUCUGGGUACUGGGACAUUGAGGACGACCAUUCACCUUACUUCAGACUGCUGAAGUAUUUGAUGGUUACAGGGUGUGAUACUCUAACGGCCGUAUUGGGUAUUACUAGUAUCGUUUCCUACAUUUGCAACUUCAUCGGGAAGUUCUUCCAAUGGAUCUUAUUAACAGACGACGAGUACGAUAAGAACUUUGGCACCGUUUCUGCCAUAGUGUUCUACAUCCUUGCUUUACAGACUGGUUUGACUGGCUUGGAACCUGAGAUUCGUUUUAUUAGAUUAUGUAAGAACUUCUGCCUACUCUUUACUGCUUUGUUGCAUUUUACUCAUAACGUCGUAAAUCCUUUGCUGAUGAGUUUGAGCGCAUCUCAUAACCCUUCUUUGCGAAGACAUCUGCACGCUUUACUAGUAUGCGGAGUACUGGUGGCACUGCCUUUAGUACUGAUGUACUUCUUGUGGUCUACGCAGGAAAUGUCAACUUGGUUGCUAGCAGUAACGGCGUUCAGUAUCGAGGUCAUAGUAAAAGUUUUCGUCUCCCUGGCGAUUUACUCGCUAUUCUUAUUGGACGCCAGACGGGAAACCUUUUGGGAAAAACUCGACGACUACAUUUACUACAUACGCGCUUUUGGUAAUACAGUCGAAUUCUGCUUCGGGAUCUUCCUGUUCUUCAACGGGGCGUGGAUUCUGAUGUUCGAAAGCGGCAGUGCCAUAAGAGCGGUCAUGAUGUGCAUACACGCCUACUUCAACAUCUGGUGCGACGCCAAAGCCGGUUGGUCCGUUUUCAUGAAGCGAAGAACGGCUGUUAAAAAAAUCGAGAGCUUACCCGAAGCGGAGAAGGAACAGCUGAGGGCGCUGGACGAUGUCUGCGCCAUUUGCUAUCAGGAGAUGCAAUCGGCGAAGAUCACGAAGUGCAAGCAUUUCUUCCACGGCGUGUGCCUAAGGAAAUGGUUGUACGUGCAAGACAGGUGUCCCCUGUGCCACGAGAUCCUGCACGGGAUCGAUACCGAGGAACGGAGGGAAAAUGGGCAAGUGGUGCCCGUAGCGGAAGAGAACAAUUAUGACAGGUGAUAGGUUUUUUGAAAUUGUGAUUUAGGUUAAUUGUUGCGCGGGCUAAGCUCUUGGAGCGUGGACAAAGCUGAUGGAAAAUAAUGCACACUGAUACAUAAGUUAUUGACUUUGAGAAAAAAGACUAAUUUGAAACAGAAAAGUACGCCUGUUACUGACCUAACUCGGAAAACGUAGGUGCAUGUUGCUCCGAUUACCCAUACUAAAUAGAGAUUAUGACUAGAUUUAUAGCAUAGCUAUGGAUAUUUUUAGCAAUUUAAACGUAUAAAAUAUACAUUUUAUCAUACAGAUGGGGAUUGAUUACUUAUUUUUCACAAAGGAUCUGCUAUACAGGGGAUGGUUGUAGAAAGAAGUGAGACUUUUAUUCCAUAGCUUUGUCCUCCUAAAAUGCGUAUUUAUUGCCAAACAAUAAUAAAUUUAUAGAAAUAUAGAAAGUUUAAUUAAUUUUAAAGAGUGUAAAUAGUAGACUAUUUCUUUAUAUAUGAAAUAUUUCUAAAUUGCAACGUAUAGAGUAAUUUUGACAUGGGGGGCGAAACAUUUUUCUUGAAAUUAAUUUAAAAGUUAAUGUAAAUAUAAAAACCACUUUUUUGCGUAAUUCAUAAGACUUUUUUUUAAAUCUUGAACAAAAUUAUUGAACUUACCUGUUAAUGCAAAUAUUACUAUAUGCAUUUUAUUGACAAUUUAUAAAAGGUCUGUAUGACCCAUAUUAUUUUUGUCAAUAGCAAUUUUAUUAAAAACUACAACAAAAUAGAAACUAUAUGCUAAAUACAAAAGUGGAUUAAACUCAUAAAAAAUGAUUCAAAAACAAUAUUUAAUAAUAUACUUUUAGCACUUUUCUAUGUACAUCAUAAAUUUAUUUAGAAUUGUUGAAAGGAUGGCAAUUGAAAAAUGCUUGCAAUAAAAGUCCUCAUCAGUGUAUAAAAACAUAAAUAAGAGGGAGAACAUAUUUAUUUAUUUUACUGACGGUUUCAAGAAAAAUAUAUUUUCUCUGAAAAAAUCCUAUGCAUGGAUUGGUGCUACUUAAAACUCUCUAGGCCCAAAAUUCGUAAAGAUGCAAAAAUUAGAUUUUUAGUAAAGUUAAAUCCAGACUCUAUACCUGUGUAUAUAUUAAGGAAAUAUCUUUAUUGACUUUAUUAAUUUUUUUAAGAAAAAUAUGGUAUCAAAAUAUAUGAUAAUGUAAUUAUAGCUACUCGAAAGAGGUCAAUCUUAAUAGUCAUCGUCAUUAUAGUAAUAUAGAUUUUAAAAUGGA